UCGUCUUCUGAUCAGCCACGUAUCGCCACGUCUGCGCGCAUGCGCAAUGGGUUUACAUCGGUGUUCCGGGGUCGGUCCGUCAGUGUACACAGUGUAAAAAAAUCUCUGGUUUGUACCUUUUCUAUUCGCAUAGUCAAAACACGGACCACAGAGGGGGGUCGAGUCUUUCUUAAGAAGCAGAGGGGAUUGAACUAGGACACCGAGAGGACGUCUGUGAAGAUGAAUUUCUUCAGAGGAGUGAUUGGAGGGCAGGCAGCCGGGCCGCAGCCCUCUGGAGCGGAGACGAUCCAGAAGCUGUGUGAUCGGGUCGCUUCCUCAACGCUCCUAGAAGAUCGCAGAGAUGCUGUCCGUGCUCUUAAGUCCCUCUCUAAGAAAUACCGCAUGGAAGUCGGCACACAGGCGAUGGAACAUUUGAUUAACAUACUGCAAACUGACAGGUCUGACUCUGAGAUCCUGGGGUAUGCUUUGGACACACUGUACAACAUCAUCUGCAAUGAUGAGGAGGAGGAGCAAGAUGAAUCAGAAGAUGGAGUAACUCAUAUCCCUGUCUCAGGGAAGAAUACAAACGUUUCAGCGCCUGAUGAAGCCGCUCAGAAGCAGGCAGAUGAUCUCGGUGCUCUGUUCACAGACAGGUUCAUUGAGGACCCCGAACAUGUGACUCUGCUGCUCACUCUCCUGGAGGAGUUUGACUUCCAUGUACGUUGGCCUGGGGUGAAGCUGUUGACUGCUCUCCUCAAGAGCCAGGGUGUACAGGUCCAAGGGAUUAUUCUGGUCAGCCCCAUGGGUGUUUCCAGGUUGAUGGACCUGUUGGCAGACUCUCGAGAGGUCAUUCGAAAUGAUGGCUUAUUGCUGCUUCAACAGCUGACCAAAAGCAAUGCCGCCAUUCAGAAAAUUGUGGCUUUUGAAAACGCAUUUGAACGUCUGCUAGAUAUCAUCACAGAGGAGGGCAGCAGUGAUGGAGGUAUUGUGGUGGAGGAUUGUUUGCUGCUGCUGCUCAACCUGCUAAAAAACAACAGCUCCAAUCAGAACUUCUUUAAGGAGGGCUCAUACAUCCAGAGGAUGAAGCCGUGGUUUGAGGUCGGGGACGAUAACUCUGGUUGGUCUGCACAGAAAGUCACCAACCUCCACCUAAUGCUGCAGUUGGUGAGAGUAAUGGUAUCUCCGGUGAACUCUCCUGGGGCCACAGCCAGCUGUCAGAAGUCCAUGUACCAAUGUGGUCUGCUGCAGCAGUUAUGCACCAUCCUCAUGGCCACUGGUGUGCCUGCUGACAUCCUUACUGAGACAAUCAACACUGUGUCAGAGGUUAUCAGAGGCUCACAGGUCAACCAGGACUACUUUGCAUCUGUCAAUGCUCCUUCAAACCCACCAAGACCGGCCAUUGUGGUGCUGCUCAUGUCCAUGGUGAAUGAGAGACAGCCGUUUGUGCUUCGCUGUGCAGUCCUCUACUGCUUCCAGUGUUUCCUCUACAAAAACCAGAAAGGACAGGGGGAGAUUGUGGCUACACUGCUGCCCUCCACCAUCGAUGCCAAUUCCAUCUCAGCGGGCCAGCUGCUGUGCGGAGGCCUUUUCUCAGCGGACUCUCUGUCCAACUGGUGCGCUGCUGUAGCUCUGGCUCACUCCCUGCAGGACAACCUCACCCAGAAAGAGCAGCUGCUGAGGGUCCAGCUGGCCACCAGCCUGGGAAAGCCCCCGGUCUCACUGCUGCAGCAAUGUACAAACAUUCUCUCCCAGGGCAGUAAAGUGCAGACACGGGUCGGCCUCCUCAUGCUGCUGUGUACUUGGAUCAGCAACUGUCCGAUAGCUGUCACACACUUUCUUCACAACCAGGAGAACGUUCCCUUUCUGACUGCUCAGAUCUCGGAGAACCUGGGGGAGGAUGAAAGGCUGGUGCAGGGUCUCUGUGCGCUGCUUCUCGGCAUCUGCAUUUAUUAUAAUGACAACUCACUGGAAAACUACACCAAAGAGAAGCUAAAGCAGCUCAUUGAGAAGCGGAUAGGGAAGGAGAACUUUGUCGAGAAACUGGGCUUCAUCACUAAACAUGAGCUGUACUCGCGGGCGGCUCAGAAGCCGCAGCCCGUCUUCCCGUCUCCAGAGCAGAUGCUGUUUGACCACGAGUUCACUAAGCUGGUGAAAGAGCUGGAGGGUGUUAUCACUAAAUCGGUUCAUAAAUCCAGUGAGGAGGAGAAGAAGGAAGAGGAAGUGAAGAAGACGUUAGAGCAACACGACAACAUUGUAACUCAGUAUAAGGAACUGAUUAGAGAACAGGAUACUCAAAUUCAGGAGCUGAAGGAACAGGUAUCAUCCAUGUCAUCUCAAAACGAACAGAUGCAGACGACAGUCACACAGCAGCUGUCUCAGAUCCAGCAGCACAAAGAUCAGUACAACCUCCUCAAACUGAAAUUAGGUAAAGACAACCAGAGUCAGUCGAACAGUCAGGCAGACGGCUCGCAGAUGAACGGACUUCAAACAGAGGAGGUCACACAGCUCAGAGAGGAACUCGAAGAGCUCCGCAAGCAACACACACUCCUUCAGACACAACUCGGUGAAAAAGACACACUCAUCAGUAGCCUGAGGUCAGAGUCUUCACAGACAGCAGAGGGUUCAGCAGCAGCAGAAUCAGACCAUACAGAACUACUCAAGGAGCUGGAGGCUCUGAGGAUUCAGGUCCAGUCACAGUCGGCAGAAAUCAACCAGAUGAAGACAGAAAGAGAAGAGCUGCUCAGGAGAGCUGAAGCUACGUCCUCAGAGGCAGCACCCAGCAGUGAUGGCUCAUCAGAUUCUGCCAAAAUGGCAGAACUAGAGAGCAGACUCGCGGCACAGACAGCAGAGACAGACAGACUCAAGGCAGAGGUAAAGAGCUCGUCAGAGAGCCGACCAGAGCUGGAGCAGCAGCUGGCCUCAGCCACCAGCACGGUGGCCAUCCUGCAGACGGAGAAGGCAAAGCUGCAAACAGAAGUGCAGGAGUCCAAGAAGGAGCAGGACGACCUGCUGAUGCUGCUGGCUGACCAGGACCAGAAAAUCCACUCCCUCAAACAGAAACUCAAAGACCUGGGAGAGACGGUGGACGAUGAGGAUGACCUGGACACCAGGGACCAGACAGAUGACGAUUACGAGGAGGAUGAAGAUGAAGACUAGAAUAAAAAAAUCCUGGAAGAAGAAAAAAGGAGAGAUCUAUUGGACAGCGAGACAGAAAAGACUUUUCAGAGACACAACUGAGAAACGGAACUUUAGGACUUAACACUAAAGCUGUUUCUCUCUCCAGCUGCCAUGCUAUGUUCAAUUUUCUUUACCCCGACUCAUCACAUCACAUGCACAUGUUGAUUAAGACAUUGUUUUAGCUCAGAGAUCAGGUUCUUCAGUUUUCAGUGACAGAAAAAAAAAGAUAUAAACAUGUCAGUGCAUUCAUCUUUGCCACUGUUCACCAUCAGUUAGUGAUGGAUUUUACCAGUCGUGCUUAUUGUAACGUAAUGUCACAUAGUGUUAGGUUAAUUUUGAAACACAUCACCGAAGGAAUUCAGAGAGGGGGGGAUAUAAACUGUAGCAGAAAAUAAAAUGAGCAGAUUUAAUGUUAUAAUUUGCAUUUUUAUCAUAAACAUGCUGUCAAAGUCUUGAUGCUUUUGUCAUCUCAUGUGAUGCACGUCAAGCAUCAGGAUCAUGUGCGACUUGUCACUGUGCUGCACCCUCGGUUGAUCAACACGCCCACUGAUCAGUUCAGGUCAGUGUGUCAACAGUAUUUCAGUUAUUUCAUUUCACUUUGAAAACAAAAACCUAAUCGCUCUACAAUAUGCUGCAAAAAAAAAAUACACUGACAGAAAAGAUGUAAAGACAAAAAUGAUAUUUUUGCAACUUUUUGUCCAGUUCUGGCAUCCAGCUUCUGUAUGAUAUUGUGUAACUUAUCGAUUUAUGAGCCACAUUGAUAUGAAUAAAGAAUCUAUCGGUCUGUAUGCCUGUAUGGAGGGAUAAUUGUAGAUAUAUUAAAUUUUACUUAAUCCACAAUGA